AUGGUACCUCACCCGUACAAGAACCAAAACCUCGUAUUCAACCACAUCGGCAUCUCGGUGAAAUCCGUCGAUAAAGCCGCCGACAGGCAUAGCAAACCCUUUGGAUUCCGCAGGAUAACGAACGAUGCUUCAGCAGAUCGCUCUACCGAUGGCUCCGACUCUCCUUUGUUCAGAGUCUACGGCGACAAGUUGCAGAAGGUGAAAAUUGCUUUCCUGGCCACUGGAAACGGCGUGGGCUUUAAGAUCUUUGAAUUCAUCGAUCCACCGGUGAGGGACGCCGAGGAAAUCAAGAAGGAGUGGUCUAUUGAGCAGCAGUAUCAGCGUGGCGGCUAUUUUCACAUUGCAGUGACGGCGCCGGAUCCUGAUGCUGUGGCGGAGAAGGCGUUUGAGGAUGGUGCGGUGAGGGUGGGUGAGACGAUUGAGUUGUUUGAUGGCGACAAAGCAUUGUAUUUGAGAGAUCAGUGGGGCAAUGCUGUCGAGGUAUUAAGUUGGAGUUUGGAGCAGAUGAUGGGGAACAGGGGGUAG